UUUGUUUCCAAAAUGGCGGCCCACGGUAAACAUGUAGGGCAUUACAUUCACCAAAAUAGUCGAAUUAUUUUAUGUAAUUUUGAACAAUUCUUAGUUCGGAGGAACUUUGGUUGGAGUGCAGCGGUUUGUCAACAAAAUGCGCCAGCUCCAAGAGAGGCUGCAGAGGCAAUUGUCGUUCCGAAAAAGAAAACAUGGAGCAAAGAGGCUGUGCUGCAAGCACUUGCAGCCACUGUUAACAGGGACUCCACUGCAGCACAUUACAUGUUCCAAGAUGAUCCUUAUCUCACUCCAAGGACGUCUGCCGAGUUUAAAUUAUACUCCCUCUCCCAGGAGUCAGGCAGAUUGGCGGCUAAACACAUUGUCAACACCAACCCCAAGUUCUUCCAGAAAGACUUUGCUGAACCACAUAUUCCAUGCCUAAUGCCAGAGACUAUGGAGCCUCGAAUUGAAGAUGUGAGUGAGGCAGCGUUGCUUGAGCGCAUCAUGCUGAGAAAGGUGAAGGCUGCAGUAGACAUGUAUGAUCAGCUUCUCCAGGCAGGCACCACUGUAUCUACUGAUGCCACCAAUGACCUGCUGGACCUUAUUUGUCUAUAUGGAGACCAUGAUCCUUUGCAAGAUGACAAGCCAGAGGUGGAAGAUGUUGACAAAGGGCGAAGGAGGAAAGGAAGGCCUCAGAGAGCCAUAGACUUGGUGAAGAUAGUUUGGAGGGAGAACAACAAUGCAGAGAGGAUCUUCAACCUUCUUCCAGAGCGUGACACACGGGCAUACAGUGCUUUGAUCAGAGGCAUGGUCAAGUAUGGAGCUCAUGUGAAGGCAUUCAACACAUACACUGACAUGCUGAACAAUAGACUGACUGCGGAUGUCCACAUCUUCAAUGCUUUAAUUUCUGCCGCAACAGAAGUCAGAGAGAAGUACAAUGAGAAAUGGGACCUGAUUGUUGAGUUGCUAAAGCAGAUGAAUGAGCAGAAGGUCAAGCCCAAUCUGCUGACAUUUAAUGCUGUGCUGAAGGCCCUGCGUCGCUGUGGCUCCUUGGCCAGGGCCCAGUCUCUGCACACCCUCAGUGAGAUGAAGGCUCUGGGCAUCACUCCCAGUUUGGCUUCAUUUCACCACGUUCUGGGCAUUUUCUACAAAACUGUGUCUUCCCUACAAGGGCAGACUGAUAUCUUACAGGAAGUGCUUACUGAAGUGGCAGGAAGGUCCUUUGUUCCACAGGAUCCAGAUGAUGUAUACUUUUUCUCAACUGCCAUGAGAAUUUGCCUGGAAACCAAGGACCUAGAGUCAGCAUACAGGGUGCAUAACCUACUUAAUGUAGGAGAAAACUGGAGACUGCUGGGAGAUUCCUUUCAACAGAGUAUCUAUUAUGGUAGAUUUUUCAACCUGCUUUGCAUGAUGGAGCACAUAGAUGUUGUGCUGAAAUGGUACAAUGAACUGAUUCCUUCUCUCUUUUACCCCAAUCCCCAAGGAAUGAAAGAUCUGCUUCAGGCUCUGGAUACUGAUAAUAGAUUGGACAUGAUCCCACAGAUAUGGAAAGACAUCCGGCGGAUGGGCCAUGACAACAAGUCAGACCUAGUGGAGGAGCUGUUAUCCCUCAUGGCUAGAGACCGGCACAGCCCCGAGGUCCAGGAGUCAUUCGCAGCUUGUGCCCUGGAUGUGAGGAGUCUGUAUAAGCAGGGCCAAGUAGCCAAGGUGGCUUUAGAGUGGACCACCGCAUCCAUGACCAACAUCACCACCAUCCUACUGGCUGCCCAGAAGACAAAACAAGCCUGGGAUAUGUUGAAUAUAUUCAAGACCAAAAACAGAGUGCCCUCAGAGGAGCUGAUAGACGAGUUCCUGGUCAGAAUCAAGGACGGUCAGCAGGCAGUAGAGCUGGUACAGAUCUCAGCAAGCUUCUGUCUCCCCAGCACUCCCAACCUGGCUCAGAGAGUACUACAAGAGUUUGAGCUCUCUGAAGAACAAAGGAAUAUUGUGUCUGAGCUGGAGGUGGCAACUCACGACAACGAGUGAGGUGCCAUGUUUGUCAUCUGAUGAAAGGUCUGUGUUUUACAGACCAUACAGUAGUCAAAUGUACGUACUGUGUAGAUUGUUCAAUAAAAUGUAACUACAGCCAA